AUCAAGUAUAAGGGCGUUGAUUUGAGAGAGCGCGAUGCUCAUCAAGGAAUUUCGCAUUAUUCUACCCCUGACUGUUGACGAGUAUCAUGUUGGACAACUAUGGGCAGUUGCAGAAGCGUCUAAAAAUGAAACAGGUGGUGGCGAAGGAAUAGAGGUUUUAGUAAAUGAACCAUUCAACAGUGAAGUCAAUCCUCCAGAAUCACCUUUGGUGGCGAAUGACAAAGAGUACUAUUCUGGACAGUACACCCAUAAACGGUUUUAUCUGGCCAGGAAGGUUCCUGGUUAUGUACGACUACUUGCUCCAAAAGGAUCACUAGAAGUUGAUGAAGAGGCCUGGAAUGCAUAUCCCUACUGUCGUACAGUUUUACAGAAUCCUAAAUAUAUGCAAGGAAAUUUCACUUUGAUGAUUGAAUCGAUGCAUGUUCAGGAUAAGGUUGAUGUAGAAAAUGUAAGUUUCUAUUUUCAACUUGUGAAAAUAUCUCAGAUCCAUAACCUUCCACCGAAACUUUUAGCUCAACGAGAAGUUAUAUAUAUUGAUAUAGCAAAUGAUGAAUUGUACACUGCUUCUGAUUAUGACCCAGCAUGCGAUCCUCGAAUAUACCAAUCAGUCAAAACUGGUCGAGGUCCAUUAGUCGGUCCGAAGUGGUGGGAGAACACAGAUCUACCAAUAAUGUGUGCUUACAAACUGGUGACAUGUGAAUUUAAAUGGUGGGGUAUUCAAGGACGAGUGGAAAAUAUGAUACUAAAUCAAGAAAGACGAAUCUUUCUGAAUUUCAAUCGUCAAGUUUUCUGUUGGUUAGAUAAGUGGCAUGGGCUCUCAAUGGAUGAUAUUCGAGAUAUAGAAAAUAAAACAAAAGAAGAAUUAGAUCAGCAACGGCUUGUCGGUGGAAUCCGUGGUACUGUGGCUCAUGACUAAACUAAAAGAUAUCUUUUUCCAAAAAAAUGAUGUUUUCUCAACCGAAUACACAAACCAAUCUAUCUACACAUGUACACAAGUGAAAUAUGUAACGACAUUACAACUUCACUGUUAUAAUUAUCGUUUAUUCAUUGAACUCUUCUUCUACAAACCUAAAAGCAAGUGUAUUCUGUAAAAUCCUCACUCAACUGAAAUAUUUCCACAUGUCUCUCCAUCUGAAAGUACCCGAUUGAGUUAGUUCAUUUGAAAAGAAAGUAGAACCAAUGUUUUGCUGUUCUUACUCGUGUGUACGUGAAUGCUUUCCUUUAUCAAGUGUAUUUCAUAAUGUGAUAUUUACUGUAAUUUUUUAAAAUGUUUAUUCGCAAAAAAACUAGCAGUUUCCUUCUUAUUUACACCUAAAGAUGAUAUAUCCAUCUAUGUUGCUGUUAGUUAACUGCGCCAAAUUACCAAAUAAAAUCUCCAUAGUGAGCGAAAUCUUUGCCUUACUAUUCUGAUCCUUUUUAUGUUUACUGUUCUGUCUGAUCAAAAUGUUUCACUCUGAGUCUUUUACUUCACACUUACUACUUCCUUUCAUUGUUAUCAGUCAUCACUGUUACUGGUGAUUCACUAGUAUUUUACUUUUGAGGUUCCUGUCAUAACACAUUCCAAACUGUUGAAAGAUAUUUCAAGCUUUCAUUCUUCUCUCCCGGUUACGUUCAUCUUUGUGAACAAGUUUUCAUAGUCUUUUGUGUUUGGUCAUGUCUUAUUUGAUAUUACAGAAGUUUCUUCAUUUUACGUAUGUAUGUUGUCUAUCUUCACUGAUAUGAUUAAAUAAUCACAAAUUACUUAGUUAAUUGGUUCCUUUUUGUUUGUCUUGUGAAUGCCUUUCAUUUCGCCUAUUUUUACCCAUGUGAAAAAUGCUUUUUGCGAUUUAUUGUUGUCAUGGUUAUCCUCAUUGUUGUGUUAUUGUUGUCUCUUAGUUUGUGAAGAUGUGCAAAAUGGACUCCAUCUUGGAAAUAUAUCAGUCAAUUGCAUACAUCCCUUCAUCAAUAAACGCAGAAUGACAGAUGGUUCUAGUUUACUCUUCAUUUAUCAAUGCUUAUAUUUUUACUUGCCUAUAUAUUUUUAACAUUUGUAAUACCCUGUGUGUAGGCAAGUUUAUUUAUCAAUUUUUCUGCCUGUAUAUGUGUGUGCGUUUGUGUCCAGCUUCCUAAACAAUGUAAUCAAGGAAUAUGAAUAAUUACUUUCAAGGC